AUGUCUAAGAAAGAGGAGGUAGGACUUCGUAUCAACCCCGAGAAAUGCGAGCUGUUAAUCCGAGAUCCAAACAAAGUCGAAUUGAACGAUGUACCAACGCUUCAAGUGGGCAAACUAAACAUCAAAGUAGUGGAGAAAAUGAAAUACUUGGGCACAUACAUAACCAGCAAUCUAAACCGGCCUUUGGUAGUACGCGACAGAAUCAAAAUGGCAUAUAAAAUUACGCAUUCACUUCUGCCGUUCUUACGCUUGCACAAACUUCCAAUGAACUUAAUAACGAAAAUAUACAAUACCGUUAUCGCACCAGUAGCUAUAUAUGGAUUGAAAGCAUCAACGAUGACACGCCGAAACAGAAUCUCGCUUACAAAUAUGGAACGUCAGAUACUACGAAUUAUGUCCGAUACGUCGAGUGACAAGCCAUCCAGCACGCAACCAAAAAUAAUGCUACAAAAUAAAACGAUAGUCAAAAGGGUGAUAGUUCAACGAAUACGCUACCACCGGCACAUUGAACGAAGACCACACGAUCAUAUUCUUAAAGUCGCGAGACGCUUUCGAAUCAAUAGCAAGUACAAAGUGGGUCGGCCGUGUUUCAUAUGGGAAGACACAUUACUUAAAGAAGCAGCAAAAUCGGGAACCACCGAUCUGUUACCAAAUGUGGGAGACGACGAAUUCGAUAUGAAAGCUGUAGAACAGGCCAUAUACGACGGCAAUAUAUCCGAAGAAGAAGAAGAAUAA